AUGAGUACGAAGAGAAAGAGUACUCCAGGCGCAGACAAAGCAUCCGGGACUAGAGAGGUCUGGUGGCCCACAGAUCGCAUGUUUUAUGAAGGUAUUAUUGAUUUUUUUGAUUCUGUAAAAAAGAAGCACAAGAUAUUGGACAAUGAUGGAGAUGAAGAUAAAUUAAAUCUCAGAAAAGAACGGUGGGAAGAUGUUGAUAAUAGUUCUGUGGUAGAUGUGGGGCAACCAGUUGAAUUUGUAAGUACUGAUACUCCCUCUGAAAUGCAAACAAAGAAAGCUAAAACAAAUCCUGAAGCAUCAAGUAAAGAUGGAAAGAUGAAGCUUUCACAUAAAAGUAAAUUGAAAAACACGGGAAGCAUCGAAUUGACAUUUAUUUUUUUCCAGAAUUGA